CAUGUCAAGAAAGGUGUUUCAUCUGUGUAGUGUAACACGGGAUCAAUAUAAAUGAAAAUGCGGAAUCCUCUCACAGAAUAGGACUAUUUAUAUAACUUUAUCAGUGAAAUGCGAAUAUAAGAACCAUAACAUAAGCACUAAACGUAAGUAUUACGAGUAAAACCUUUGUGUGACGAAGAUUUAAAGACAAUACAGUGAAGAGAAAUGCCGAAGAUGGCCUUUAGUUGCGACAAAGUGAAAUGCACCGCCGAAUAGUGAACACUCGUGGAUCGUGUCCAUUAUGUAGUGUAUGAAGUGUGGAAAGACGGAGGUUGAGUUUCGUGUUUUCGUGUUAGUAUGCGGUCGAGAUGAUGUGGGUGUCGGCGGUGGCAGCCGCGCUGGUGGCGGCCGCCUGCGUGCGAGCGGAGCAGGUGCUACUGCUCGACACCACCACGGAGGCGACGCUGGGCUGGACGCGCUUCCCGUACGGCCCCCAGGCCAGCACACCCGGCUGGCUCGAGGAGUCCUAUACCAACUUCGAAAAACAGAUCAACUGGCGUUCGUAUGUAGUCUGCGACGUAGCACAUCAUAACGUUAACAACUGGCUGUGGACUCCGUUCAUUGAGAGGAGAAAUGCCAACAGAAUAUACAUUGAAAUAAAAUUCACAAUACGAGACUGUUCCCUAUUCCCUGGAAAUGCCCUCAGUUGUAAGGAAACAUUUAGUCUACUUUACUACGAAUUUGACGUAGCUACAAGGGAACAGCCUCCUUGGGAGCCAGAAAGCUAUAAAUUAGUUGGUCGAAUUGCAGCAGGUGAAGGCAGAUUCAACACUAACUCUGAAGUAGACAUAAAUACAGAAGUUAAGAGCAUAGCAGUGACUAAAAGAGGUGUGUAUUUUGCAUUCAGAGAUCAAGGAGCAUGUAUUUCAAUAUUAGCUGUGAAAGUGUACUAUAUCACAUGCCCUGAAGUAACUGUGAAUUUUGCAAGAUUCCCUGCCACUCCCACAGGGCGAGAAGUGACAGUUAUAGAACAGGCUAAUGGUACAUGUGUGGAAAAUGCUGAAACUGCCCAAGGUGAAGCUCCUCCAGUUUACUUAUGUAAGGGAGAUGGUAAGUGGACUCUUCCAAGUGGCUCUUGCAAAUGCCGAGCAGGGUUUGAACCAGAUCACAACAACCAAGUCUGUAACGAAUGUUCACCAGGUAAAUUUAAAUCUCAUACAGGAGAUGAUCCAUGUAUUCCUUGCCCAGACUAUUCAGAGUCUACAGCAUAUGCAGCGGCCGAAUGUAAAUGUGUUCCUGGAUUCUUUAGAGCUAAGAAGGAUCCCAAAAAUGUGCCUUGUACCCAACCACCAUCAGCACCAGAUAAUUUGACUGUGACAUUUGCUGAUCAAUUCUCAAUUUCUUUGGCAUGGCAGCCACCUCAUAAAAAUGGAGGACGAGCUGAUGUCACAUACAGGGUACAUUGUUCCAAUUGUGGCCCUAGUGUUGAAUAUCGACCUGCAUCAAAUGGUCUUAACACUACCCGGGUAACAGUGAUUGGAUUGGAUCCAGUCACAGAAUACAAAUUUCAAGUAUUUGCUGAAAAUGGUGUUACUGAGCUUACUGGAGAACCACCUAAAAAGGUUGAGAUAACUGCUGUGACUGAGGCAUCAGUAGUCAGUGUAGUUUCAAAAUUGAGAGUACUUAGUGUAGAAAGUGACAAAUUGUCUUUAGCUUGGAAUCCGCCUCCCAUAGACUCAACAGACCCUGAUGACACUAUAGAAAGCUAUGAAGUCAAAUGUUUCCCGAAAGAUAAUUUAGAAAAAAGUGUGAAUGCAUCUCUUAAAAUAACGAAUGAACCUCAUAUCACAAUAACUGGUCUAAAAAGAGACACAGAAUAUGGCAUAAGGGUGAGAGCUAAGAUGAAGAGAGGCUGGGGAGAAUUUAGUGGCAUAGUAUAUGCACGAACUGGCUCUGUGCUAGAAACUACUUUUGUAGGAGAAGAAGAAGGUGCUCAAGUACGGUUGGUGGCUGGUGUCAUGGUUGCUGUGGUUGUACUUUCAGUGGUGGGUAUCAUCGCGACCGUUCUUGUUUUACGAUCACGCGCGGAUGAUGAAUGUGAUAAGAAGCAACCAAAUGAUUGCAACGCUCUUAAUUAUCGGAAUGGGGAAGUGUAUACUGGUCCCGAGCGACCAGCCAAGACCAGCAGCAACGCGACAACUCCACUUUUCGCUGGCACAGGUUCUCGAACUUAUAUUGAUCCCCACACUUAUGAGGAUCCGAAUCAAGCAGUUCGUGAAUUUGCCCGUGAAAUUGAUGCAUCGUGUAUAACAAUAGAAGCUAUAAUUGGUGGAGGCGAGUUUGGAGACGUCUGUCGUGGUAAAUUAAAAUUGCCUGCCAGCUGUGGGCAAGAAAUCGAUGUAGCUAUUAAAACAUUAAAGCCGGGGUCGACAGAAAGAGCCCGACGCGAUUUUCUGGCUGAAGCUUCCAUAAUGGGUCAAUUCGAACAUCCCAACGUCAUAUUUUUACAGGGUGUUGUAACAAAAUGUAACCCAAUAAUGAUUAUAACAGAAUUUAUGGAGAAUGGUUCAUUGGACACUUUCCUCCGCGCUAAUGAUGGCAAGUUUCGUGUGCUGCAACUUGUGGGCAUGCUACGAGGUAUUGCAACUGGCAUGCAGUACUUGUCUGAGAUGAACUAUAUCCAUCGCGAUCUUGCGGCUCGUAACGUACUUGUCAACUCUCAACUUGUAUGUAAAAUCGCGGACUUUGGACUAUCUCGUGAAAUAGAAUCGACUGCGGAUGGCGCGUACACAACGAGAGGUGGCAAAAUACCAGUAAGAUGGACCGCUCCAGAGGCGAUCGCUUUUAGAAAAUUCACAUCUGCAAGUGAUGUGUGGUCUAUGGGAAUUGUCUGCUGGGAAGUUAUGAGUUUCGGUGAGCGACCGUACUGGAACUGGAGCAAUCAGGAUGUCAUAAAAUCGAUAGAAAAAGGGUACAGGCUACCAGCGCCGAUGGACUGCCCAGAAGCUGUGUAUCAGCUCAUGCUAGAUUGUUGGCAAAAAGAGCGCACGCAUCGACCGACAUUUUCAAGCAUUGUAAAGACCUUAGACAAGCUAAUACGUUGUCCAGAUACCUUGCGUAAGAUAGCUCAGAAUCGGUCAGCUGAUCCUCUCGCCGGCGAUACGCCUGACUUAAUUCAAUUUAACUCUGUAGAGGAGUGGUUGGAGUGCAUCAAGAUGUCGCGGUAUAUCGAGAAGUUCCGCGCAGCAGGUAUCACUGAUAUGGACGCAGUGGUCGAUCUCACCGUUCAUCAACUAGCUGCAUUGGGUGUCACUCUCGUCGGACACCAGAAAAAGAUUAUGAACAGUGUGCAAAGCAUGCGUGCGCAGAUUCGAGUGAGCGGCCCUUACGGCUUCCUUGUGUAAAGUAGUGUUGUGUUACUCAGUGAUUGUGUGAUUGGCGAGACUGCCUGAGUGCUAACAUACAGUUAUCCUGAAACGCGCCUAUUUGGUAUUCGAUUACAGUGAUAUACUAAUGAAAAUGAUGCAUUUUGUAUAUUUUUCUAAAGUGAAAUGGACAUAGGCUAAGAUAUUAUAUAGAUUAACAUUUACAUCUCUCAUAAGUUAAGAGAAAAUUAUCAAGGAUAAUAUUAUGCUGUAUUAUUUCCUUUAUAUUUUUAUUGUUAUGUAUACAUAAUUGUGUUUUAAGAGUAACGGCUCUUCACGUAAGCGCUGAUAUAAUGUGUGAUAGAAGACUGCUUACAGAUGAAACAAAUCAUACAGGCCUAAACAAUUCAAUGAAAGUUGCAGGUCUACUAGACAACAUUAGCUUUACUAAAUUGCCGUCUCUUAGGGGUACUAUACAACGAAGAACAAAGCCAUAUUAUAAAGAAUAAAUUUCAAAACUAUCUCAAUUAUUAUCUGCACAAGAUAUAGGAUUAAAGGAAACAUAAUUUCAAUUAAUGAGUACCAGUAUUUUUAGUUUUAUUUUAUUUUUGCACAGUUAGCAGCAAACAUAUUAAAGCCAUUUAUUGUAAGUAAAAUAAAUCGAAAUCUGUUUUCCUGCCCCAUUAUAUGUAAGCUAUAUUUUGCAAAGUUUAAUAAUACGCUAGUGAUCUAUAGUAAUAUAGGAACAUGUGAGUGAAUAAUCUAUUGAUGACUUUGUUGUUGACUGUGCAAUUUACAAAAAUCUUUCUCCUUGACUGAUAAUUGUAAUUGUGAUUUUUUAACUUAAUAAUAUUUAUGUAGGUCGACUUAUUGACUUCACUUUUUAUACUCAAGUGUUUAAAUGUAAUGCAGCAUGAUACGUCCACCGCUUGUGUUACCAUCGUGCACAGUGCACACGGAGCUGUGGAUGUCACACAAGUGUGUGUUCCGCAAGUGCCCUCAAAUAAAACAAUAGCAAUACUCUCUACAACCUGGGAAUAGUCUUAUGUGUUUUUGGAUAAUGAUAAAUUUAAUUUUGUGAAAUAUAAAAGAGUUUACUGUAGAUAGCCAAUUUUGCUGUAUUAUUAUAUUGAAUAAUAAAAUUAUGUGAAUAUCCAUUUAAGAUUUUUAAAUUGGAAACAUUGUAACAAGGUAUUAUUGUAAUUGUCGAAUACUCAGUGAUUUACUUACUUCAUUUUUGAGGAUCGUAACACAAAUGUAUGUAAGUGCGCCACAUUCGACGUGGUCAAUUCCAAGUACUUAAUUAUUAUAACACUUGUCACAACAAAGCAUUUAUUUUGUUGUACGUGUUUUAUGCCUGAUUACAUUGCGUGUAUAUAUAAGGCUGAACUUUUUUUUUUUUUUUAUAUAAAUCUAUUUUAGUCGUCUUGAGUAAUUUUACACACAACGUGCAACAAACAUACGUAUUUGAGUACUUAUUACAAAAUGUGUUUUAAUUUGUGUGUAUAAUUAUUUGAGAGUUUAUAGUGGUCUUAUUUAGUUAAUUAGAAUAUUUUUUUACUUGUGAACAAGUUAGAAUUAAGUAUACAGAAUAUUGCCAACAUAGAGAGUAAGAGCUUUGCUAAUAUCAGUGCUUGUGCCGAUGCGCACACGCAGCCCGUACGUCGGUGCACCGCCCGAGCCUUGCACACGGUACGCGCGGCGCGGCGGCGUGCGGCCCAUGCGCUAUGCGAUUUUACUUGUGCGAUGCCAAGAGCGAACUUGUUUCAUGUAAUGCUGGCGAACUGAACUGACAAUUUGGGUUUGUGAAACAAUUUGCACCGUUUCAUUAUAAAAUUAGUCAAUUAGUUGCAAAAUCGUAACUGGCUUGUAGGUGAUGGCAGUCGUACCAUUAUAAUUUAUCUUUAUUUAUAGUAAUAUUUUGAUGUAUGUCGCAGCUAGAUAAGGUUGUAUGGUAGAUUAUCGGAACUGCUGGUGCGACUGCCGUCCGCGCUCGGUCUUUUGUUUUCCUGAUGAUAAUUUACUGCCAAGUCCUGCUCAAUGUAUAUUUAUAGGAAGUGACUGUACAUAUUUUUUCAUAUAUUAGUCCCCAUAUCUUAUAAACUUUCGGUAUUGCAGUUUAUCUCUCAUUAUCAUAUUCACAUCUUCGCCCACCACCUUCAACACGCCUUAUUCACUAGACUUCACACAUUAUUGCCGUUUAUUUAUUUUUUAAAUUUAUUCUCAAAAUAUUUUCUCACAUUUUUAUAAAAGUAUUUAUGUUUUAUUAUGUGCAAUAUACACAUUACUACUUUUUAUCAAAUAUUUCGUAUUUGUUAUGAUCCUUUGUCACUAUAAGGUUCAUCGUAGUACUUCAUAACUUCGUGUCGAUAGUUGCUGCAAGCUGUCUUUGACUACUUGUGCCUCUGCCCAUCCCAUUAGGGAUUGCGUGAUGUAUAUUAUAAUGGCAAUUGAGCAGUUAUUUAUUAUGUUUAUUUAUAUUUACUUUCUUAUACAAUAUUUUGUUAACAAUAUCAGGCCGGGACGCCACCAAACCGGAGAUGUGAGCGGUGUACUGUGCGACAAGAGUUGUUUUUCAGCUCAGGUAAAUCCACCGUAGCUGUGCGGAAAUGCGUACUGUGUAUCAGAGAUGUGUGCUGGCUAGUUCCCCUGGUAGUUGCGGCUUCCGAGUACAUUCCGCUUAGGGACGGUACUGAAAAGUAUCGGCGUCCGAAGGACGUAAUAUACGAUCCCGACGACUCGGUUACUCUAGCCAUAGAGGCAGCCAAUCAGCUCGCGACACCAAACACUUCACGACCCCGAUACCGACCCCGCCGGCGGGGUCGACGAUUUCCCUCAUUCAGCGCUUAUCGCUAUCGACCCACUAGGGUCGAUUAAUUCUUUCAAAUAUUUUUCCUCUCAGACGACGCCCUGAGCCGAGGUUCGCGCCCAACUGGGCACCCUCAGGCCUGUUGUCUUAAACGUUGUACCGGGUGAGAGCCUUCAGCGCUCCCCAUUUGUCCGGCCAAGUAGUUAAUGCCAUCUGCGGCAAAUCUACAAUAAGUCACGUCAAAAAAAAUGUGCUGGCUAGUUUUGCGAGUGUAGGAGGCGUUGAGUGCUCUAUACGCAUUCUGACACGAAAGAUAGAUGAUGUCGCUAUUAUUACAAAUAAAGUAUCUUUUACUUGAAGAAGAAGAGCUACUGAAGAAGCAGAAUUGAUAUAUCUAUACUACCCAAAUAAAAGAAAACUACAUCGCUAACUGCACGCCGCUUACAUCUCGUGUCCGCUAUGCGUUGUCCGCGCACACCUCACAUCUCCGCUUCCAUCACGACAAAUAUACAUCUCCGCAUAGCAAUCUCCACUGAAGAUGUUUUCCUAUGCCUACUUCAUGAGCAUUUUCCUUUGCCCGACUAGUACGGUGGCUACUAUCUAUAUUUUAGUAUUGUACCUUAACCUAACUCAUUUCCAAGCUUUGACCUACCUGUUAGGUACACUAUUAAAGUUCUUUGAUCCAUUUUUAAACUUAUUACAUUCCAUAUAUGAACCGCGCGUGCGUGAUGCAAUGUUUUAAGUAUUUCAUUCGACCUGUGCCCUACGCGCGAUAACCAACAUCAAAGGAAAAACAUAUCGUUCAUGGCGCUCGAUAUAGAUAGGAAGCGUAAUUACAAUACGCUUUUCUUAGAAUCAUGCAUGACAAAGAAACGACACUAUCAGUUUCAAUUUCUGGUAAAUGUGCAAUUUGUCAUAAUAUUUUUACCCGUCGCAAACAGUGAACUUCAAUGAUGAUUACGGAGAUUCAGACGAUGACAAGUCGCGCAAAAAAGCCUGUAUUGGAGUGGCCAAUUAGUUGACUCACCUUACGCAGAUGAUAAAUCUUAGUUUGACUGCACCGUUCGUGUAAAAUGAGGAAAUAACUCCCAACCAUAGGGUUUGGACUGUUAAUAAUAGGAUAACAGCAUUUAAAUAUAAUAAUGUCAUGCUAUGGCACAGCUUGCUCCCGAAAGGAUUGAUAAUCGGGUUAGUUGGAUAUUGGGACUGGACCUUAGUCGUAACAGCAAUAUUAUUGCGCGCUAUUGACACGUAGUUUCGGUUUAGUACUAGUUGUACAUACUAGCUUUGGACGGUGGUCUCUAUAGCCUACUACAGAUUUCAUUCACACUCCUGUUUUACGAAUUUCUUUUUCGUUUCCUAUUCAGUCCGUUCAAAACUAUCAAAUUCAUUUGUAGUGUUUAUUAUAUUUAAAGACAACACUUUAAUGACACAAAUGUUAAGUACCUUUAAAUUAUAGGUAUAUAAAACUCAUCAACAUGACACCAAACUAUCAUAUCUUCAGCAAUUCAUUAUAUAGAGUAGAAACAAUUUAUAUAUGCGCUAGAGGGUCAAAAUCAUAUUAUUAUUUAUGAUCCUUUGCGUUGAAAGAUUAGUUAGAAUAAAUGGAUUACUUAAAUAAGAUUUUUGAUACAUUGGGCAAAAAUGUCUACGAUAGUUAUAGAAGUUCUGAUGUCCAGUAUAUAUUAUAACGAUAUCAGGUCAAUAUUGUAUGUUCAUGUGUAUAGAAAAUAUUUUAUUUUAUCAAUAGAUGUACAAGGUGUGUGAGUCUAGGUGGGUGAAGGCAAACAAUAGAAUUCUCGCGGGAAUGAGACAUGUGGCACUUUGUUGUGGACUCGACUGCGGAUGUAAUCUGUCCUCGGAGCGCGGGUACACGAGACCCAACAUUCAUUGUUUGCCACCCAUUCUGCACAGCCGGAAAAUAGUUGCAACGAGAUGGUAUAUUAUUGUAUUUUCGAUAAUAAUUACUACUUACGCCCAAAGCAAUAAAUUUGCCUCGUCUAGGAGAUAGUCAUAGCCGAUUAAAAUAUUAUAUGUCAUUAUCUGAUUUUUUACAAUGAAUUUAUCUAUCUGCGUUGCUCUGUGUCAAAUCAAGCUUAAUUGUGCGAAUGUGAUAUUUUAACUUGACAAUUUGUACAAUAGUUACAAUUCUUUAAAAAUACAAUGAUGAACGGCACAGUGACAGUGAUUAAACCAGUAGAUUUUACACAAAGUGACGCGGGAAGGUAAAUAAAUAUAAUUAUAUAGAAUAUGUGAGAGAUAACCCCGAAGUAUUAAGCCAUACUCUUUCCUAAAUGAAAAGUAGAUGUAAAAGAUGCUUAUGAGUUGACAUAGCGCUCUUAUUAUUUAAUGAGAAAACGGAAUAGUUGAACCGUAGUAACACCAAGCCUAGCCUAAAAUAAUUGUAAUUCAUAGAGUGAUGUUAGAAUUAUUUAUAAGUUCUUUUUUAUAUAAAGAGCGUAUCACAGGAGUGCGGUGGUAGGCCUCGGCCGGGCCGCCUCUGCGCCCGGCUCGAACGAACUUAUUGUACGUCACGCCGCUAUCCUGUAGCGCACAGAUGGUUAUAAUAGUAUACCUUAGACAGUUUAAAAAUCUUUUAAUAUGAAUCGGAUUAGAUAAAACUAUGAAAGUGUAAGCUUGGCUAUAAUUUAUGUAAUAAACUAUUGAUACGUA